ACACACACACUGUACACACAGUUAUGAAUAAUGUUAUCAGAAUAAUGAGAAGAAUAACUUUGUUUUAUUUGAAAUGAAAAAUAGUUUUACUUCAGUGAUGCUUACUUUUCUCAGGAAAUGUUCAUUGAUAGAUAAAGAAAUGGAACUUUUUUUUUUACCUCUAGCCUUUACUUUGAUUUAGCAUAGUGUACUAAAGGGAAAUGAAAUAGGUAGAAGAACCAUUUGAGUGACCAAAGUGGAGAAAUAAGGCAAUGGGAAUUCACCCAACACGAUUACUCCGCCAACGGAGUUUACCGCCUCCCACUGUGCUUAUGCAGCGAGAUGUUAAGGAAACUGUGAAGUGUUUGGAGGGGCGGAGACUGGGCGCUUGGGGCAAACAUGGAGAUCUCUUCAGCUGGAGGGAUUGGAAGGACUCGGUUUGGGUGAGGAAUGAUGACACAAGUCACGUUGGUUCCUGCGAAGAGCCACACGCGUAUGAUUUGGUUAUGGUGAUGGCUUAUGUUGUGUUGUGGUUCCUGAUGGUGAUGCUGGUGCUGUCUGUGGGAUGUCUCACUCUGGUAUCAGCCACUGUAUUCCUGUCAACACUUACACCAAAGUUCUAUGUGGCCCUUACAGGAACCUCAUCUCUUAUCUCAGGCUUAAUACUAAUAUUUGAGUGGUGGUACUUUCGAAAAUAUGGAACCUCGUUCAUUGAGCAGGUGUCCCUCAACCACCUCAGUCCGUGGAUUGGGGGAGGGGAGAACACCACCACAGAAAACACCAAUACCAAUCCCAACAAUAACAAUAAUCAACAAAGUGUUCCAGAGUGUAAAGUGUGGCGGAAUCCGCUGAAUCUCUUCCGAGGUUCUGAGUACCAGCGACUAACAUGGUCAACCAAGAAGGAACCCCUGACAUACUAUGACAUGAAUUUAUCUGCACAAGACCACCAGACAUUCUUCACUUGUGAGGCAGAUGCAGGGAAGCCAGAAUAUGAAAUAAUGCAGACAGCCUGGAGAGAAAGAAACCCAGAGGUGCGCAUCAAGUCAGCACAUUCCGCCUUAGAGCUAAACCCAGAGUGUGCCUCAGCAUACAUUCUCUUAGCUGAGGAGGAAUGCAACUCCAUUGUGGAGGUGGAAAAAAUGCUUAAAACAGCAUUGAAAUAUGCUGAAGUUAAUUAUAGAAAGUCACAAACUACCCAGCAUCAAAGUCCAGUUAUGGAAGCUUUGCACAGGCGGGACAGAAAUGUAUUUAUUUACAUAAAAAGACGACUUGCCAUGUGUGCAAGAAAACUUGGCAAGAUGAAGGAAGCAAUAAAGAUGUUCAGGGAUCUAACAAAGGAAGUGCCUCCAAUUAUGAAUGUCUUAAACCUACAUGAAAAUUUGUUAGAGGCAUUACUGGAGGUUGGUGCAUAUGCUGAUGCACAAGCUGUUCUUGCAAAAUAUGAUGACAUUGCUCUCCCAAAGUCUGCAACUAUAUGUUAUACAGCAGCACUGCUAAAAGCAAGAGCAGUAGCAGAUAAAUUUUCUCCAGAUAUAGCAAGUAAACGUGGUCUCACAGCAGCAGAAAUGGCAGCUGUAGAAGCGAUUCACCGCGCUGUAGAAUUCAACCCACAUGUACCAAAGUACUUGCUGGAGAUGAAGCCCCUUAUCCUUCCUCCUGAGCAUAUUCUGAAAAGAGGAGAUUCUGAAGCCAUUGCGUAUGCCUUCUUCCACCUCCCACAUUGGAAGAGAGUUGAAGGAGCACUGAACCUCCUGCAUUGCACAUGGGAAGGAACAUUCCGCAUUAUUCCCUAUCCUUUGGAGAAAGGGCACUUGUUUUACCCUUACCCAACUUGCACUGAAUGUGCAGACCGGGAGCUUCUGCCAUCUUUCCAUGAGGUAUCUGUCUACCCAAAAAAGGAGUUGCCAUUCUUCAUUGUAUUCACUGCAGGGCUUUGCUCCUUUACUGCAUUAUUGGCUCUCUUAACUCACCAGUAUCCUGAGCCCAUGGGUGCCCUGGCCAAGACACUUUUGAGCUGGUGGUAUGUCCCGAUCCAGUAUGUUCUGGAGAAGCUGGAAGCUGUUCUGCCAUCAAACCUUCUUCAUCAUCUAUCUCGAAUUUGACCACCAUACAAUAGAUUGAAAAUUGUGGCCAGGGACUCAAGCUUGCAACAUCACAUAUUUUUCCCACAUAUAAUAGAGUCUGAAUCACUUCAGUAUUUUUAUGGAAUAUGAUUUAAUUUAUUGAUGAUACAGGAGAUCAAUGACCUAAGUGAGAAACAAAAGAUUAUGGCAUUCAUCUUCAUUAGAUUUGUAUCAUGGGCUCACUAAGCUUAUUUUUGCACAAUAUGUAUGUGAUUUAUGAUGUAGAGCCACAAAUAGUACUUAAAUAAACUUUAUUUUAAAGAUAAAUUAUCUGGUAGAAACUAAAGCGGCAAAUUAUUGGAGAUGCAUAGAACUUUGCACAAAACAAUCAUUAGAAAAUCACUUGUCAAAAUACAUACUGAUGAGAAAGUUGUUAGUUUCAAAGAAGAUGCAGCUAGAGUUCUUUUUUUCUUUUCUUUUCCCUCACAUUUUCUUUGGGAGUUAUUGAACUUCUCUGAAGCAUAGGAGUUUAUUCUUUUAUCACUGAUAUAAAUUCUUGUACACAAAAGGAAAUUGGUAGAAGAAUGCAGCUGUGGUUUACAUUUUUUUUCCUGUAGAUGUAGAUAUUACAAUUGUAGAAAUUUGUUCUGGAUUAUUCAAGCAGUGGAAUCACACAAAUUUCAAAUGAUGCAUUAGAACGUAGCUUUCACUUUUCAUUUUUCUUCUUUCUUGCUAAUACAUCAGAAAAUUUCCUGAUAUGUAUAAUGCAUACUUUUUGUUUGUUUUUAAAUGCAGUUUUAACACAAAAGUAAUGUGUAUAAUGAGAAUAAGGGAGUGUUUUUCAGAACAGUCUGUAAUUUUAGUAACCACAUUCAUCUAUUAAAGUUCAUUACUGAAUAUCAAAGCAAAUCAUAUGGGACAUUUUUAUUGGUUUAUUAUUUUUAAUCAAACUUCAGGUAAAAGAAGGCUCCCCAAUAUGUGAUCAGAAUGUAGUCUUUUUUCCACCCCUCUUCUCUUCCCUUGUUUUCUCAGUUUAUUAAUCAGAUUAAAUAUCCACUUUUUUUUGGAAGAAUACGCACUAAGCUUUCUCAUCAACCUCUGAAAUAGGAUCUUCAGAGGUCAAGGAAAUUAUUGAAGUGCAAGAAGUAACAACUGUACAUCAGGGUAUUUCAAGCCUUUCAUUCAGUAAAGCAAAGGGAUGCAAUACAUUAUGCACAUGUGACUAGGGAGUCAACAGAAAGGAAAAAAUAGGCUGCAGGUUCCAUACAGGAGUCUUGUAUCAUGAUUUCACUCUGCUGAACCAACUUCUUAUUGUGAUUGAUAUAUACAUAUACACAUGGAAUGAUGGGUAAGAUACAUAAUCUUUCAAAAAUCAAAUUGGAUAGAUAAAUUUCAAAACUUUUAAGAGACAUCUCACAGUGUUUUCUUGAUUGCCAGUUAUUCCAAGAAAAAACUUUUGUGGUUUCAGACUUUGCUAUAACAUAAGAAGGCUAUCAGAAUAAGCAUUGAUAAUGACUGGCUUGUAAUAUAUAUUUAUCUGUUCAGCAACAUUUUUCUCUCUUUUUUUCCAAGGUUUCUUUCUCCCAUUCCCCACCUGCCCCCAAUAUUUACUUUGUGGAAGUAGCUUUUCAAAGGUUGUACUUGUUCCAUUUCAUUGCUCAAAUUGCAUUUGUUGAUAUUUGAAAUACUAGGACAAUAGGACUAGUUUUGUCAUCCUGUGUAUGAUGUCAACUUUCCUUAACGUGGAAAACUAAAAAGAAAAAGGAAAAAAAGAGCAGAUUUCAUUUGUGUGCAUCAGAACUUCCAAAUCAGUCUUAUGUUUUUUGAUCAAGACCUCUGAAAUACAGCCAUAACAGUACAUUUAUUAUCCAACUUAUGAUUUUGAAAGUUGCUUGAAAAGACUAUACACUGCUGCAUAUAUACAGGAUCUGAAUUUUUUCAGGCGGAUGUUUAUUGUACACUAUCAUGACAAAUUAUGACUUUACUUUUGCAUUA